AUGGUCCAACCUCACGAGCCUGAAUUCGAGCAAGCCUUCACUGAGCUUUUGUCCACUCUUAAGGAGUCGACCCUCUUCCAAAAGAGACCUGAGCUCGAGAGAUUGAUCCCUGUCAUCUCGAUCCCAGAGCGUGUCAUUCAAUUCCGUGUUGUUUGGGAGAACGACAAGAAUGAGCUCGAGGUCAACCGUGGUUUCCGUGUCCAAUUCAACUCGGCCCUCGGUCCUUACAAGGGAGGUCUUCGUUUCCACCCCACUGUCAACCUCUCUGUGUUGAAGUUCUUGGGUUAUGAGCAAAUCUUCAAGAACGCUCUUACUGGUCUUAACAUGGGUGGUGGUAAGGGUGGUUCCGACUUUGACCCCAAGGGCAGAUCCGACAAUGAAAUCAGAAGAUUCUGUUACUCUUUCAUGGCUGAGCUCCAAAGACACAUUGGUGCUGAUACCGAUGUUCCUGCCGGUGAUAUCAAUGUCGGUGGUAGAGAAAUCGGCUUCCUUUUCGGUGCUUACAAGAAGCUCCGUAACCAAUUCGAGGGUGUCCUUACUGGUAAGGGUCUCGACUGGGGUGGAAGUUUGAUCCGUCCCGAGGCUACUGGUUAUGGUCUCGUCUACUACGUCCAAGAGAUGAUCAAGUACGCUACUGAGGGUAAGGAGUCUUUUGCUGGCAAGCGUGUUGCUAUCUCUGGUUCCGGUAACGUUGCUCAAUACGCUGCUCUUAAGGUUAUUGAGCUUGGUGGCACUGUUGUCACUCUUUCCGACUCCAGAGGUUCUUUCAUUGCCACUGGUGAGGAGGGUUUCAACGCCCAAGAGAUCUCUCAAAUUGCUGACAUCAAGCUUCGUCACGAGCAAUUGUCUACUCUUGAGAACGAGUUCAAGGGUAAAUUCAAGUACGUCGAGGGCUCUCGUCCUUGGGCUAUUGCUGGUAAGGUUGACGUUGCUCUUCCUUCUGCUACCCAAAACGAAGUCUCUGGUGAGGAGGCUGAGGCUCUUGUCAAGGCCGGAUGCAAGUACAUUGCUGAAGGUUCCAACAUGGGUUGUACUCUUGAGGCCAUCUCUGUCUUCGAGAACGACCGUCUUAAGAAUGCCAAGGGUAUCUGGUACGGACCUGGUAAGGCUGCCAACGCUGGUGGUGUUGCUGUUUCCGGUCUUGAGAUGGCUCAAAACUCUCAACGUUCCAACUGGACCACUGACGAGGUUGACGCCAAGCUUAAGAACAUCAUGGUCAACUGUUUCAACAACUGUGUUGAGACUGCCAAUGCUUACAACGCUGAGGACUCCAACGGCUUGCCCUCGCUCGUCAAGGGUGCCAACAUUGCUGGUUUCGUCAAGGUUGCCAACGCCAUGAUUGCCCAAGGUGAGUUCUGGUAA